UUCUUCUUCUUCUUCUUCCUCAGAGAGUAAAAUCUUUGUUUUUCCCCAAGAAAUCCUCUUCUUUCUCAGAGGACGACGAGCUUUGGCACGGGGGAGGAGGAAGAGAGAAAACGUAAGGGCCUUUUUUUAGGAUUUUUCAGGAUGCUUGCAUUGAGAUGCUUUCCUCCUGUUAUUAGAGGACUUGAAUCACUCCAAAUUGCCAGGAGUAAAACCAGAAGCAGUGUAGUGGUAUGUGCUGCAAAAGGCCCCAGACCAAGAUAUGCCCGAGUGUGGAAAACCAACAAAAGGAUCGGAACUGUUUCCAAAUCGGCAAAGUUUGUUCAAAGUAUUAAGGAAUUGUCAAAUGUCAAAGAGGAAGUUUAUGGAGCUCUUGAUUCUUUAAUUGCAUGGGAACUAGAAUUCCCUUUAAUUACAGUGAAGAAGGCAAUAAAAACCUUGGAGGAGCAAAAAGAAUGGAAGAGGAUAAUUCAAGUGACAAAGUGGAUGUUAAGCAAAGGUCAAGGCAAAACAAUGGGGACCUAUUUCAUACUCUUGAAUGCUUUAGCAGAAGAUGGGAGACUUGAAGAAGCUGAAGAGCUUUGGACAAAAUUAUUUUCAGAGAACUUGGAAAGCACACCUCGAAAUUUCUUCAACAAAAUGAUUUCUAUUUACUAUCACAGACGCAUGCAUGACCAGAUGUUUGAGAUAUUUGCCGACAUGGAAGAGCUUGGCAUUCGGCCGAAUGUUUCAAUUGUUACAAUGGUUGGAAAAGUCUUCCUGGAGCUAGGCAUGCUGGACAAACACAAAAAAUUGAAGAGGAAAUAUCCACUGCCAAAAUGGGAAUACCGAUAUAUUCGAGGAAAGCGUAUCAGGAUUCGAGCAAAAGAUCUUGCCAAAUACGAUGGUGACACUGACCGAGGAGUGAGCAAGGAUGAGGAAUCAGAACAUGGUUCAGAUGAACCGUUAGACAUAGCCGAAUCAAGUCCAAAUGGCUCUGAUGCUGAAUCCGAGGAAGUAGACCCGGAGUCUAAUGACGUGUUUGAGGAAGCUGAAAUGAGUACAGAUGAAAGUCAGAGUUGAACCUAAAAAAAUUCAUUCGAUACUAACCAGAUCUAUUACAGUGCAGUGUACAAACCCUAGUCUCAUAUCACAUGGCAGCGAUUUGGUGCUUAAGAGUGGAAGGUGUUGAAGGAAACAAGGAUUCACCUUUCAUUGACAAGUGACAAAAGAAUUAGAUUCAAGAUUCCAGUUAGAGAGAGAGAGAGAGAGAGAGAAGGGGCUGCUUUACCAGCCCCGGGUGUAUUUGAAGAGAUUAAAUUGUAUCGACGACAAUAUAUGAACAUAAUGAUAUAUCAUAUUUUUGGCCGUAAAAGAUA